AUGGUUCAAGGUGAUUACAAAUUAUAUGAGUCAACCAGCCCUUCCGAAGAACAUAAGAUAAAUAUGAAGAAAGAGAUGGUCAAUAGGUUAACCACCUCUGCAGCCCAUGAACCAGAUGUUCCUCGUGAGAAAUAUGAAGCUUUCCAAUAUUCAGAGGUCUGCUUAGAGCCUGAGAAAAUUCCUUCAAGCCCACUGACUCUCAGGGAGGCCCUGGAAGUUCACAAGCCUCAUUUUAUUUCCCACUCACAAGAACGAUUAAAAAAACUUGAACACAUAGUACAACUGAGGAAAGCACAACGAAGUGAGGAUUUGGGGGAAAAACAAGGAACUGCUCUAUCCAGCAAGCUUUCCCCUACUCCCAUUACAAGUAAGAAGAAACAAUAUACGGUUCCUCAUCCACUGAGUGAUAACCUGUUCAAACCGAAGGAACGGUACAUUUCAGAAAAGGAGAUGCAUAUGCGAUCAAAAAGAAUUUAUAACAAUCUUCCUGAAGUGAAGAAGAAACAAGAAGAGAAACAGAAACGGAUAAUAAUACAGAGCAAUAGAAAGCGGGCUGAAAUAUUUAAAAAGCAAUUAUUGGACCAACUUCUUCAAAGAAAUACAGAAUGA